UACAGGAGCAAGAUAAACCACUCGACGAAAAAGCUGUGGUACGGUCAUGGGCACAUGUGGCGCGCCAUUUUGGGAAUCAUAAAUAUUAGGGGAGUGUUUUGAAUGGGCAUCUGUCAUAGUGUCCACAUCUACACGCGUAGCGAGCCGUGCUGCUAUAGCGUCCGAAUCGCCAAUGUAAGCGAUUCAAGCACUUUAUAGCAGUCUUUCUUCAGGUUCCCCACUAAAGACGAAAGGAUGAAUAAGGCUGGAAUCAAUGUGGUUGCUGCUAACAAGAACCUCCUCUUGAUGUACAGUGACAUGGACACAGAGGAAAAAGUUAAUUUUUACAACUCUUGGGCAGAGAACUAUGAAAAGCACAUGAGUGUGAUGGAUUACCAAGCUCCCAGUCAUGGUGUGGAAACCAUUGAUUCAGUAUAUUCGGAUGAUCGAAGCAGUGCGCUGGUUUUCGAUGUGCCCUGUGGAACAGGGAAGGUGGCAGAGCUGAUGCAGAAACUGGGCUUCAAGAACUUCCAUGGAAUAGAUGGUAGUGAAGAAAUGCUGAAGAUAUCUAAAUCCAAAGGAUUGUACCAGAAGCUGAUGCACUGUCUGAUAACUGGAGAUAAGCAGCUGCCCGUAAAAGAAGGUACCUACGACGUUGUGAUGGUUGUUGGUGGAAUAGCCCAGCAACAUCUGCCGUGGGAAAUCCUUCCAGAAUUGCUGAGAAUCACCAAAACAGGAGGGCUUAUCUGUCUCACAAUGAAGACUGAGGUGAGUGACCACAGGAAUAAACUGCUUGCUUCCAUCCAAGAGUUUCUGAAGAAAGGGCUGUGGGAGGAGAUUGUGAAGCGACGUAUAGAGAAGUGGCAGAAGGACAUGCUACUCACAGGAGUGUCUGAAGAAUACGCUGAUGGAAUCGUAUAUAUCCUCAGGAAGAAAUAACCAGAAGUGAUUACAUAUCUGGCACAGAAGCUUAUGCCUAUACAGCCACCAUUUAUCUUCUACAUCAACCUUCUCUCCACUUUCAUUAUCUAAUCUAUCACUAUUCAUCCCAUCCCCCUCACAUGUGAGAUCCUUCAACCUGUCGACUGUCUUCAACUUCGCCUUUGUCUGUGUAGUGAAUUUCACAUUCUAUGACCCUCUUAGGAGACAAGUUUCCUCUUAAUCAAUUCCCCACUGAAUUUUGUUGUAACUAUGUUGCAUUGAGCACCUCCUGUUUGGUUUACGUGGACCUUAAGACAUUGGAGCAUUAUUUGUUAUCUACUUGCCCAUUCUCCUCAUGGAUUAAUGUGCUCUUUUAAUUUGUUGACAUUCUUCUCAGUUUGACUGUCCCUCCAUUUGCAACCCCUAACACACCUCCAUUACCCCUCCACAUGCACACAGAGAGGCAUACACACACACACACACACACACACACACACACGCACACACACAUGCACGAAUGAACACAAACACACACAUAUAUAUAUAUGCAAACACAGAUGGACACAGAUACACACACACAUUGAUACACACACACACACAUAAGUGUGCUUUGGUUCAUAAAUCAUUCAUGCAAACUAUGAACAGCAGCAACCUCAGCACUGAUCAUUGCUCCCUCCUCUCCACCUUUCACUCUGAACAUUUGCACAUUUUCACUCUUAGUUCCUUGUUCUGAAGCCAGUCACCAAUCCAUCGUAUCCCCUCAUUCCCCGAACUUUGUCAUCAAUAUAUUAUGGACUCCUUAUUGAAGGGAUUCUGAAAAAUGUGCAAAAUUACAAAUACUGUAAAACCAAUGUCUCCUAUUUUGUUCUUUACUCAAAAUUAUUACCUCAAAUAAUUAAAUUAAAACAUUUUGAAAUCCA